CGACACCUCGUCGUCGCCCGUGGUCCGUCGCCCAACCUUUCGAGCCGCAUCCUUGUCUUUGCAUGGCGACUACAGCCUUUCGACAUCAACCCGUCCUCGAUCAUCCCUCCCGAAUUGCUCUUUACCUCUACUAUACCACCUGCUUUAACUCUUUCCCAGUGCCUUAAUCAUAUCUUGUGACUUUCUCCACGCUCGACCAAUUCUCCGGCAAACUCAUCGUCGGCCUACCGAUCUGCGCCGGUUGACCAUCUCUCACAAUGGUCUACGCCCCUCGCCCUCUGUAACACCCGAGACACCCACCGUAUAAACCUCGUCAGACCAAGCCAUAUCUGAUCCUUUUCAAGUUGAUUGUCAAUAUCUACAACCAUGGCGGCUUCCGCCUACAGACAGAGCCAGACACACGACCAAGUCUCGGCGCUCGUUGGUCAGAUCAAAUUACUCACCGUCGACAAGUUAAAGAAUCUUCUCAGGCUCGAAAAUCUUCCAGUCUCUGGUGUCAAAUCAGAGCUUCAGAUCAGAACAAUUGCAUACAUUGAAAAGUUGAGGAAUAACAACGAUCAAAGAAGCCUGGAACGAGUCAAAGGACACGUCAAAAGCUUUUCUCCCGGCUACACUUCCAAUUAUUCGAACUCCUUCCAGUCUCACACUACAUCAUCAUCCGCUUCCAGUUUUGCCUCACCCAACCAUCAUCACGUCUUUGUCUUACCCGGGUCCACUUCCGCACCCAAUCGUAUUGGCUUCAAAUAUUCCCCCUUCUACGACAUCGACAGGCCAUUGACUCAGACUCUCGAAUGUAAAGCCCGCGAAGGGACACGAGACACCGCACGCCUCACUGUCUCUCUGAGUCAACAACUAAUCGAUCAACUCGAGGGCGACCCAAAAUGGCGGAUCAUGGUCUUUUGCGCCUCCGAAGGGUUCUCUUCUCUUGCCCGCGAUGCAGAUAUCACUUUUCCCCAUAAUGUGGAGUUAAAGUGUAAUUCGGACGAAGUCAAGUCCAAUCUGCGUGGCCUGAAGAACAAACCUGGAUCCACUAGGCCAGCGGAUGUCACACAUCUCAUCAAAAAGAAGACAGGUUACCCCAACACUGUGGAAAUGGUAUAUGCUCUGACCACAAAGAAGGGCCACGCACAGAAAUUUUAUCUCGUGGUGAAUCUGGUGCGAAAAGAGUCUAUCGAAGCAUUGGUCUCCAAAAUUCGACGAGGCAGGGUUAUCACCAAGGAACAGAUUGUGCGAGAGAUGCGAUCCAAAGCCGAAGACCCGGAGGAAUUGGUUGCCACUUCUACUGUUUUGUCACUGAAAGACCCUGUUGCCUACACCAGGAUUGUCACGCCUUGCAGAGGCAUCGCCUGCAACCACAAUCAAUGUUUCGACGCAGCAGCCUACCUUCAAUUGCAAGAACAAGCCCCUACUUGGACGUGUCCUAUCUGCCAAAAGUCCGUCCCUUGGGCCGAUCUCGCUCUAGACAUGUAUGUUAACGACAUCUUGACUUCAACUCGCCGUGAUAUAGAUGCGGUAACCAUUGCCCCCGAUGGGAAAUGGUAUAUUGCAAAGAACGACUCAACCACUUCCGAAGUGACCGGACGAGGAAAUCCUACUCCCAGCGAUGAGGAGGAAGAUGACGAUGACUUGGUCGAAAUUCGAGAUGAAGAGCCAGUCCCACCAAGAGCAAGGGUGGAAAUCUUAACUCCUCACAGUGUCAGGACACCACCUUUAUCCUCACGAGAAGACUCCCGGGCUCCCUCCACCUCCGCGCCGAGGUCUUCUCAGAAAAGACCCCGUGACGACUUUAUUGAUCUUACGCUCAGCGACGAGGAGGACGACGGCCCAGACCCGAAAGUCCAAAGGACCAUGGCACCCAAUCCAGAUACAUUAAAUCGAUCUGGACCCGCACCAGACCGCUUUUACUUGAACAUACCACCGCCAGACUUGCCUCGAUACAACUAUGACCGGUAUGGCUCAUCCUAUUGAUUUUGAGACUGUGCUCUCUUUCUUCACAGCGUUGGCGUUGGAGGAUUUCCAGGUUUUGCAGCUGUCAGCUGUCAGCUGGCUUUAAGGAGGGAUUUUCGCCCAGCAUGACUAUGUACUAUGUCCAAAGAAGAUGUAGUGGUUUUUGGGAGGAUAUGAGCUUAACGACAUAGCCUGCAUGAGAUGGAAACGUUGGCAGAGAUCUUCAUCACCUUGACUUUUGACAUCCAUGUCGGCAUCCCAUUGGCCCCAGAGCGGAUCACUUUAGCACUCACAGUGUCCACAUCCAAAGAAUCUCUAAUCCCCAGAGAAUACAGAAGGCCGAAUGCCCCCGAUCUCAAAUGCAGCUUACACGCUAGGAGUUCUUUGUCGCUACGUGGUCAUAUUGGGCUGGUUGAGACAAUCAAAUCCAUGGCGAAGAUUUAUUAAGCAAGGCCAAGCAAGGCGAGGGGGUGGUGCACGUGAGAUUAGAUUAGAUCAGAUGAACUUCCCCAAAUUCUCACUCGAACCAUUCAGGGUUUCAAAGAGUAAUAAA